UUUUUUGAGUUUUCGCAUCAUCCAUAUGACCAAUUUAGUAACCGAAUUUAAGUCCAACUUGCUCAAUCUGCUUCUUCCUCCUCAUUUCGUCGGUUCUUCCUAAGGUGAUAGACUAGAAGAAACCGUGUUGUAAUUGUAUGACGAGUGCUUCAGAGCUAUUCUUCACUAGGAGGUCUCGUUACGGUCGAAGCGAUCUCGAAUUAGGGUCCGAAAUAUCGACAAGUCGGAUUUCUCACCACCACGGCGUUCAUAAUCGCCGCCAUCAUCACCAUCACCACAACCACAAUCACCAGCAAACCGGCAAUAAUAUCCGCCGUGAUCGCCUCGAUGUGAAUGAUUGUGAGCCCUUGCGCCGAUCUCCUCACCGCCUUAGACGUAUCCCUCCUCCUGAUCGUGAUUCUGUUUCGCUUGACUCUGGGAGUAGUAGCCAAGCUGCAUCAGGAGACGCCAAUCAUGCAACAAACAACAAUAACAGGAUACGAGAUAGGGUGGGAAUCUCAGGUAGUGAGCGGCUCCCUGGUGCUGUAAUACUUGCAAGGGAAAGACUUCUCCAGAGAUUGAGAGGUGUAUCUAUAUCUGGAAACAGGCGAAGUUACCGGGUCCCAACAAGCUCCCAUCGCAACUUCACAUUUGAGGAUGAUUUCAGACUUGCUGAUGCUGGUGAUUGGGAAACAGAUUCUAGUUUGUGGCUUGCUGGCACAACCCCCAGCCCUGAUCUUGUCUGGGUAGAAGCAAAUAAGAGGCCCCCAGGUAUGAGUCAAGAAGCGGUGGAUUUAUUGCAUAUUGGGAUUUACAGCAACUCAGACAAGGAAGAGGAAGAAACACAGGCCCGGGCGGUUCUUGACUGUAGCAUAUGUCUGGAUGCUUUCUUGGAGGGAGACAAGCUAGUAUGUUUACCUUGUGGGCAUAGGUUUCACCCUUGUUGCUUGGAACCAUGGGUACGAACUUGUGGGGACUGCCCAUAUUGUCGAGCAGCUAUACAUGAAACUUCUUGUAGGGCUAAUGAAAGGUCGUGAAGCCAACCAUUGACUAGA